CGGCCAAAAUCUACAUUUAUCCCAAAAUGUCACCGCCGCUGCGGGCAUUCGUGAACAAACGGCUGGUCCCCGCUGCAGAGGAGAUAUUUGACUGUCGUGAGCGAAUAGUCGCAAAAUACGAGAAAGAAGCAUCCAGCUCGCUGGAGAUCAUACGCCUCCGAGGGAUGCUCUCGGGUUUUCCGUCACAGCCUCAGGACCCGCAAACCACAAACACGCAGCGUAUGGAUCUAUGCGUGACCACGUGUUCCAUGCCCCCCGCUGCUUCCCACGUAGCCGCUGCGCCGUCUUGAUCAAAACUCGUCGGACGCAUUGCACACAGCAACCAUGACUGCCAUGAACUCACCCAGAGACAAAUACAAUGCAGUGUGGAUCAUAUUCUUCAUCCUGGGCUUGGGAACUCUUCUGCCAUGGAACUUCUUCAUGACGGCCACCAUGUACUUCACCAGCAGGCUGAAGGACCCGCCCAGCGAGCUUGCCGCCAAUCAGACGGCCAACAGAACGCUGGACGGCGGCGACACCCGCAACAUGCUGGAAUCUAAGUUCAACAACGUGAUGACGUUGUGCGCCAUGGUGCCGUUGCUGGUCUUCACCUGCAUCAACUCCUUCAUCCACCAGAGGAUCCCUCAGAAGCUGCGCAUCACGGGCAGCCUGACGGUCAUCCUGCUGGUCUUCCUGCUGACCGCCUUGCUGGUCAAGGUGGACGUGGAGCCACUGCCCUUUUUCACCCUCACCAUGAUCAAGAUCGUCUUCAUCAACUCGUUUGGGGCGGUUUUGCAGGGCAGCCUGUUCGGACUGGCGGGGAUCCUGCCCACCUCUUACACCACGCCAAUCAUGAGCGGCCAGGGCCUCGCCGGGACCUUUGCCGCCUUCUCCAUGAUCUGCGCCCUGGCCUCCGGCUCGGCGCUACGGGACAGCGCCUUUGGCUACUUCAUCACGGCCUGCUUCGUUAUUCUCAUCGCCAUCGUCGCCUACCUCACUCUGCCCAAGAUGGAGUUUUUCCAGUACUAUAUGAAGGGCAACGGAUCCAAGUCAUCUACUGAUGACGAGAACAGGCUGGACCUUCUCAAACAAGAGAAUGCUGAGAAGUCCGUGAUGAGUGUGACAGAAGACGACAAAAAAGUGGGCGUGUCUGUGCUCCAAAUAUUCCGCAAGAUCUGGGUGAUGGCCCUGUCUGUGUGCUUCAUCUUCACCAUCACCAUCGGGACGUUCCCGGCCGUCACCGUCGACGUCAAAUCCACGGUGGCCAACGGCAGCAGCUGGGAAAUGUACUUCAUCCCCGUGUCGUGUUUCCUCCUCUUCAACGUGAUGGACUGGGCUGGCCGCAGUCUGACGGCCGUCUGCAUGUGGCCUGGCAAGGACAGCCUGUGGCUUCCCGCUCUAGUGGGCGUGCGAUUGGUGUUUGUGCCACUCUUCAUGCUGUGUAACGUGCAGCCCCGCUACAACCUGCCCGUAUUCUUCUCGCAUGAUGCCUGGUACAUCGUCUUCAUGAUCUUCUUCGCCUUCUCCAACGGCUACCUGGCCAGCCUCUGCAUGUGCUUCGGACCCAAGAAAGUGUUGCAGCACGAGGCAGAGACGGCGGGAGCGGUUAUGGCCUUCUUUCUGUCCCUGGGCUUGGCGCUGGGGGCCGCCAUCUCCUUUGUCUUCCGCGUCAUCAUCUAAAACGGCCAACGCCACUUAAACAGCACACACACGUAACAUCUUCUACUCUUACUUGCUGCCAUCUCCGGAGAAAGCCUUUGCUAAGGGUAAGGCCAGAGGACACCCUACCUCUGUCUCACCAUGGCAACUAUAUAAACUUAAACAAACUCACACAAUUGAGCUGACUGGUUGUUUCCCAGCAUGCAAGCUGGUAACUAUCAACGAGGACCUCUUUUCAAAUUACGACUGAAGACUGACUGACCACCAUUUGUUAUAAGAAGCCUCCAUAUAACUUAAGUAUCUGACAUAAUUUACAUCAUUAUUAUUUUGUUAUUGAGGCUCUAUGGCUUUUUGUUUUAUUUGCUUGCACCAAAAAGACAUGGCCAAAGUAAAUUAGGGUCACACCCUAGAAUUAAAACUUUUUUUUUUUUGUAAGCCUACAAGAAAAGUAACUUAAAAAUUGGGUGAAAUUUGAAAAUGAAGUAGUCAUAUUUUGAGUAAUGAGAAUUGGUAAUAUUUGAAAAAGACAUUUUUAACUAAGAUGUCUUAAUACGAGAAACAUUUAUGUAAAAUGUUAUGUUUUGUGUGGGUGGGAAUCCCCAACAUUUUACAAAUUGAUUCCCAUAACUUUUCUAAUUAUUUUUUUGUAAGAUUACAACUUCGAUCAAUUUGGACAAUCUUGGAUCUGCAAGAUUGUCUGACAUGCAACAGGCCACUGCUGCAAUUUUCUUAUCUAGUGGUUUUGUAUAUUUUUACGAACUUGCCAAGUUUAUUUUUAUAUCAUUGUCAAAGAGCAUUUUCCUCAUUAUUAGUCUGGCCUUCUGCUUUUUGUAGUCAGUUGUAGUACAUAGAAAAAGCUUUGAAAACGCAACAUUUGUGUAUCGGAAUCUACGUCUCCAAGUACAAUUCAAUUAAAGUAUUUUUUAAAA